AUGAAGAAGAACGCAUCUUUUGUCCUUGUCUGCUGCUUGAUCGCGACUGGCUUCGCCAAGCCGCCGGUGUACCUCGGUUAUCAGGAUAGCCUGGGUCAAUACAGUUUCGGCUACAGUGCGCCGGGCUCGGCUAGGUCGGAGGUCAGAACGUCCAAUGGCGCGACCAGAGGCACUUACAGCUAUGUCGACAAGGCCGGCGUGAUCCAGAUUGCGCACUACGUCGCCGACGGCGAGAACGGAUUCCGAGUGGUCGCCACGAAUCUGCCGCAGGCUCCGCUUCCGGUGCAGGACACGCCGGAAGUGAUGGCCGCGCGCACGGAGCACCUUCAGGCUCUGGAGAUGGCGACGAAGAGGGGGGAGGCGCAAAGCCAAGAGGAGAAUCUGGAAAACGCGCGGCGAACCGAAGGAAAGCUGGCCGACGCGAAUCCUGACGAAACGCGGGAACAACCGAGCCCAGAUGCCAAAUCUGCGGGAGGCACGGUGAAAGAGGAAGAAAGGAAGCAAGCAUCGGACGGUGCGGAGAAAGAAAGCGACGAGAGUCUGCGAGCGGUCGCCUCCAGAAACGAUGUUGAUCGGAAAAGUGAGAAGAAUCAGGGCCAGGAAUCCAAUAGAAGGAUGACGCAGGAGAUCAUUGGCGGCGCAAACAUCCCAGCGAUUCCAUUAAUCUCCUCUCACGUGCUGUUACCUCAGGCAGCGGACGAACGCGCGGUGCCGGUAUUUCGGAUCACCCAUGGAAGCCACGAGAUCGAGCCUUCCGCCAUACCGGAGUCAUCGAUCGCGCAAGGUCACCGUGAUUAUGCUUCCGGCACGCCAGCGGGGACGGCCCUGAAGAGCGCAACAGUCUCGACCAAAAAAGCCGCAAUGCCGAAGGAGCAGAUCUCUUCGCAGGGUUCGAACGACCAAGCUGAGCCCGUGAACACUCUGAUAGCACCAUUGAACGUGAUCCCGCUGAGUUCCUCGUAUUCGAGUUUCAUCAGAUACAUAUCGCCGACAUCUCUUCACUACGUCACCUACAACGUCCUGUGAACGAGCAGCAUCGAGAACGCGAUCGAUUAUCCUCUACGUCAAACUUCUGAGGAUCUCAGAAACGAAAGAACAUUUUCCGCUCCAAACAUGCUCGCUUUGAAGCGUCUCGGUUUUUCCAAAAUACGCUUCAUGUCACUGAGCUUCCCAGUGAUCGACAAUCACUCCCGAAGGUCAUCAUCGGCAUUAAUCCCGUAUCUCGAGAAAUGUGUAAUCGCGCGGUGAGCAAAUAAAAGAUUCUGAACGCAGCCUGAAAAUAAUCGAGUCGCGUCGGUUCUUGCGUUUGUCAAGAUAUUUUUAUUCUUCUUUACAAAAUAAUGCAGGAUGUGGUCGGACAAUACAACGGAGUAGUACGCGUAUUAUAAUCGACACUAAGGAUAACGAUAAUGAAAAUCAGUAUCGUCGUCGCCAUCGCCGCCAUCGUCAUUUGUCGCACUAGUGGAAUCACUCGUUUACACUUAUCAACGUAAAGUAAUAUUAAGUAUAAUGCGUAGACGCGAAGUUUCGUCAAAUGUCGCGGCGAGUCUUCCUGGUGUCGAGUAGUAUCGGAUAUGCGUCGAAGCGGACCGGAUAUCGUGACGUUGAAACGAAAAGAGGAUCUUCGGUUACUUCGAGCGACAAGGCGCGCCGAAGUAGCCGAAGAGGCCGCAGGAUCGACGCGUCACUAAUCGCGAACUUCGUUCAGAUAUUCGCGAAAUCUCACUUCUUCGUGUUGUCCGGACAGACAACCGGAUGUCGCUUCGACACACUCCGGGUCACUCGAGCGGAAGGUCUCACCGCGAUACCUCGCGAUACUUGCGCGCUCUACCUCGAUGGGAACGAUGUAAAUAAUGCCUGAAAGCAAGCGCAGCUCCUUACAGCCGAAGUGUAAGUAGAUGGGAACCUAAUUCGAAAGUAAAAAAGUAAUGAUAAUAAUAAUAAUAAUAAUGAUGCUCGAUGAUAACGAUUAAAUAACUACUACAACGCUACUAUGUGACAACCGCUGCGUACACUGUACCAGUUAGAACGAAUUACAUUUAAUCACUUUAAUUACGUUUAGGGAAUUCUCAGACGAAACGAUUCACAGGACGAGAAAAGUGCCUCGCGCCGAGUUCCGCGUGAUUCCGCUUAAAAGAGCUCCUCGUCGGAUUCCUCCUCGACGGAUGCUCGGGCGCGGGGCGAAUACUAAUUUAAGUAAAACAGCUGGCGAUUCGGGGACAACGUUUCACUUUUCCUCUUCUCCAUCGAGAACACAACGAUCGAUUCGCCGGAUGUGCUCGUUCUCUCCGGACGUUAGCCGGGAGAGUCAACCGGUCCGCUUUUACUGGCCCGAUUUGCAACGUAAACGCGCCGAGAAGAAGCCGAUCGUAGUUGCAAAAGAUCCAACAGGCUGCGUCCUCGCGGACGAUUUCGGUCUCGCAGAGGCCUCGUGUCCUGCGAUUCGUUACCACGGCCGAACGAAUCCCGAGACCUGCAAUGAGCUCGUGCCGUCCGCGAUCGGUACCUCGCCGUCAAUCUGUUUCGUCCAGCUUGUAAAACGACGAUCGUUCCUACUUCGCAACUACAACCGCUUCUCGUGCACGCGUCAAGCGUCGCGAUACUAAGACCGUUCUUAUCGCGAUAACGGCGUAAUCGACACGGUGAUCAAUUGAUACGGUAUAAGGCGGAAAUAACGGGAACGACAGCGAUCUUGAGACACGUCAAUACGACCCGUCAAUAUCGACCUACGUCGUUUCUUCGACAGUGUAACACAAUGUCAACGACUAAUAAUUGUAAUAAUAAUAAUAAUGAUGAUGAUGAUAAUAAUAAUAUUAAUUGUAAUUGAUAUCUACGUCGUCUCUUCACGCCCCGCCGUUGCCGUUCUUCUUCUUCUAUACAUAACAUUCUCUUUUACAUAUAUAUAUUUAUAUAUAUAUAUAUAAAUCUAAAUUUUAAUAUAUAUUUAUAAUGUUCAUAUAUUUAUAUAUAACACACUCGUUCUAGACGUCAAACGCAUUGACUUCGAAGCUCGGAUGAUCGACACCCUCCGAUCCUUCGUCGCGCGUACUUUGUUUUUUCUUUAUUUUCUUUUUUCUACUUACUAUCCGCCCAUCACUUGCUCGGGCCCCUCUAUUCUCAACCCCCUUCUCCAAUAUGCAUUCGCUAUGCCGCUAUCAAACGGUGGAAAAUGUUACCGAUUGCGACGACAGGAUAAUGCAUAAUAACGUAACGUCACGGUGUACGGCGAAACGUUACGCUCAUAUACGCUCUUCACGAAUUGUGAUACUUCGUUUCAGCACGUGCACUUUAAAUCAGAAGACAUCUCAAAGUAUUCGUUUACAACCUGCCCGCGCGGAUAUACGUAUUAUUUGUACCUGUGAGCUCGCCGCGACGUUUCCCUAACGAUUUUGAUUGCGAUCGAUCGCAAAAUGCGAAUUCGCUGCAGUUGCAUCGAAGUUGCGUCUCUCCCUUCCCCUCUUUCUCUCUCUUUUUCUGAAUUUUUUUCAUUUUUCUUCUUUUUCAUCCCCCCCUCACUCUCUCUUCCUCUUCUCUUCACAAAUUGUUCGUCGAUUACGGCGAAAAUUCUCCGAGCUGAACGUUAUGAAAAUAAGUUACUUUCGCUUCUCCCUGAAAAGCUAAUUUCAUUAACCCGUGCGCGGUUUCAAAGGAGACUCUGUGAUAUACCAUUGACUCACGUCAAUCCGAGCAAAUUAUAUCCAGAAAACAGGAUAUAGAAUUUAUUACAGGCAUGAAUUGCGAAUAUCUCUCGCCGCGAUACUCGUUCGUCACUGUACAUGGCGCAACAAUCGGAGAAAAUACUUGGUGCAAGAGAUAAAAUAUUCACUUAACGUUACGUGAGCAACAUUAAAACAAUAAUUCCCAAGUUUCUCUACUUCACAAACGACUUCCGCCCGAUCGUCACUGCCGUUUUCUCCUCCCGAUCGUUUUCGAAUCAAUGUCGAUCGCUGCCUUCGACCGAAAGUUUCCCAACGACACUUCGCGACGGCGAAGCUGCGACCUUUUCGUUUAGGGAGGGCAUCGCUAGAAUCGGUCGAAAGAAAUCUCGUGAGCGGACGAUUCCGGAAUGAAAGAGAGAUUCCUGCGUCACUCUGCAAUCGGAGGCUGAGUCAAGAUUCUUCGCAUUAAAAUUCACCUCGAAUGCGACUAUGCGCCUCGCUAUAAUCCCUUCGGACGCGUCACGCUCGCUUUUCUUCGAUAUCACGGCGUGUCUCUCUUUCUCCUCUCUUCCGGUUCACGUGGAAUUUCUGCUUCCUCUUAAACGAAAAAAUGAAUUAAGCGAUCGGGCCGACGCGCGCUCGAUUUUCCACGGAAAAUCCGCAACUUUGAGAAUUCCGCCGCGAUCGAGUCGUCGGUGUCGAUGUGAACGAAAGAACGAGGUGAUUCUCUCGCGAUCGACUCGCGUAAACAACGUCAUCGACAACUCGUGAGACACCUUCGCCUUUUCGCCUGUAAAAGUCUCGCGGCUUGAUUCGUCUCACGCGAUUCUUUUACUCGAGAAGUCCAACGGUGGUCAAGACUAGUCUCGCGGUUCUUCCUCGGUCGAAUCGAUUCGAAAAUCGACGCGGCACGCGGCCUGUCGGGAAUAUCCAUAAUAUUUCUUUUUCCUCUUAUUUAUACUUUUUUUUUUUUUUAACUACACCUCGCGAAACUACUGUCGACUUACCUGGCGACGAUAAAAUUUAUUAUUUAAUAUUUUCUAUCUCUCUUUCUCUCUCGCUCUCGUUCUCGCGCUCUCUCGCUCUUUCACUCUUGCUUUCUGUAUAAUGUUUUGCUAUUAUUAAUCUCCCUCUCUCCGCAUAUACAAUGUAUACGAGUAUGACUGUAUAGCUGUGUACGUGUACGUGUAUGCACGCGUGUGUGUCCGCCGCAGCGUACGCACGUGUGUGGGUGUAGUAAUUAGCUCGUCCUGACUUAAUAAUAACGCAUCGACGAUCUCGAUUGACUAUGGUCGAAAGGCGCGCGCGUUUCGUCGCACGCUAAUUAUGGACAAUUGACUUCGUACUCGUUUCUCGCGAGAAGGAGAAAAAGAAAGGAAGGAAAGCACAAUCAUCCUCGACGUCGAACAGCUCUAUUUUUCUUGUGUCAUUUUCUCCCGAACAGUCCCGUCGCUGAUUCUUGCGUCUGAAAAUUCGCGAGGAAAGAAUAUGCUCUCUCCGGAAGAAGAAGAAGAAGAGGAAGAAGAAAUCGUUGGAGAGCGAGGUCAUUGUCACUGAUCAAGAAAAGAACGCGUACGCCCGCCAACGAUAAACUCAAUGAAGAAAAGAAGUGACAAGUUGAGCGAAAUUCGACGUCGGUGAAAGAAGCGUGAAUUCUCAAACGCAAUACAUAAAUCAUCCGUUGCGUAACGACGGUAAUUAAAAACAUUGCGAAUCGCGUUAUCUGCGGUGUUUCGAUGGAAUACUGCUGGGAAUACUGUUGUAUGGUUCUCUCGUUGUGUCUAACUUUCGAGAAGGAAUCGUUAGAUUAGCUGUGGCUCGUGAACGCGGCGAAAUAUCCUUUUAAUAAUACUGUUUCAUACGCGAAUGUCUGCUGCGUGAGUUUUCCUUAAAUACUGACAGUAAUAUUUCGAUAGCGCUAAAAGAACGGCUAAAACGUGAAUUACGUUAAUGGAAAAAGAUCCCGUUGGAAAGAUCUAUUAUUACCGAUUGUACUAGUAAAAUUACACAUCACAUGAUUAUUAAUUGAUCGCGACUUAAUUUUUAACGUUUAAUCCUUUCACUUACGUCGUCAAUGAUCUCACGCUUAGAAUGUAAAUUCGACUAAUUUAUAAUGUAUCGUCCAUAACUCGAUACGAAUAGAGAUACGAAUGAAAAAGUUUGCUAAUUCCGCGUUUUUUUUUUGUCAUCUUGCCGCCUUGAACGAACGACUCGUUACGAGAAUACUCCUAAAAACUACGGUAAAAGAUCUACCGAAGAAACGUCGACGUUGUUCCUAUUCCUUCGCAAACUCCAUCCUCCUCCUCAUCGCGUAUAAUUAUUUGCAGCGUAUCGCUAAACUCUUGUCUGUCUAGUAGUACUCGUCGAGCAACGAAAUUUACGAGUGCACCUGUUUUUCCCGUAUUUUUCUUUUUGUAGAUUCAGCUUAUCACAGUCGGAGCUUAAAUAUUAAGUACAUGCGCGUGCAUUCGUCGAUCCCUCUGUCUUGAUAAAUUGUAAAUGAUCAGUUUUCGAAAACCCUUGGUCGAGUACUCCCUUUAAAGCUAUCGUAGGUAUCGAUAAUUAAGUGAGAAUUGCGCAUUUCAGCAUCGUUAUCUGUUUUUUACCGUUUUUCCUUUUCUGUAAAAUAUCUCAUUUUUCCUCCACCUCAUAGCCGAAGCUGCUGCGUCUCGUACUCGGGCGUGAUCGUGCAAAGUAACAAAGUGGAACGUUCCGAAAUUCUCGAGACGUCACAUCCGCCUAGAUCUCUUUUCGUGUUUCUUUUCGAAAUCAAUCGGAAGCGAGAGAGAAAUUCGUCGAUACGCUGCAAGCAGAUGAGACUCGGGACGUACCGUUUCUCACGAAAGAAUGAGACCUCCGAUCUUCUCACCGGACGAAACGAAGAAUAGUUAGAAGUUCGCUGACACCUACACGUUAAACUACGUUAAUUUGGCUAAUCGUUAGUAUCCACCGCUAUUCUCUCUCUCUCUCUUGCUCUUUCCGCUAAUCUGGGAACACUGAGAUACAGGGACUUAUAUACAUACACUGUAUACCUCGAUCUCGCUAAUAUGCUAUGAUACAAUCUAUCUAAUUUAGUGACCGUCUUGUCGCCUUGUCGGCGAAUUUCGGCGUUAUCAACGUAGAUGCGACUCCGCUAGAAAAGAAGACAGUCGGUUCCCUCGUGAAUAUUCCGACGGCGAUCGGAGAAUCGUGUUCAUUACUUUUGCCUACCAUACGACGCGCACGAAUGUACACCAUUCGCCUCAUCCGUUCCUUUACCGAAUAAAGCGCAUGAUCUGAAAAUCCUCAAGUUCGCUUAACUUACUCGCACGACGAGAGGCCUUCGACGGCUCGAUUGUCGCGCGCGUGUCAUCACACAUACAGCGAUUUUGACGAGCGACGAUUAGUCGAUUAAUUAGACCGAUCAUUGUCCCGCGUGUGAGAGUCAGUGGAGUCUCUUCAUUCUCAGGGUGAUGAUUUCGAAUAAUGAGCCGGACGCGGAUGCUGAACUCGUACAUAUCUAGAAUACGGUCUAACUAAGUGUACUGCUGCUUGCGAGUGUCGAUGACGGUGUGUACGUGGUUGUAUGUAAACGUGUGUGUCUGGUGGUGUAGCACAAUGAUGUACAUAGGACAGCACCAUGCAGGAGAAAGAUUUCGUCCAGAAGCCGGAAACUACAAUGUCACUGUUCGCAUGUCGCUCUUGAUUCGACGGCUACGCGUGCUUUCGAAAAUUCUUUUUCACUCUUCGCGCGAUAUGGAAAACGAUGGGAGAAGAUACACCGAUAUGCAGUAAGAGAUCGAAUUGUUGUAGAAAAUUUUACGUGCUGCAUUUAUACGGCUCGUUUCUACGUAAUCAAUACAAGGCAAUUUGAUUGUCACAUAUUUCAUUUAGUUCUCAUGGAGUAAUAAGUCUGAUCGGCCGCGAGAAAGUUUGUUCUCGCAAACAGCGAUAUCGUCGUCGAACUAACAGCGACAUAAUAGUGCCUCAGUGAGUGUCCACGUGCUGAAAAGAUCAAAGUUUCGAGUGAUAGCAGUAACAGUAGAAUUAUAGUAACAGUGGUAGAAUAGUAAUAGUAGUAGUAGUAGUAGAGUAGGCCGUUCGAAGUAGAUGGCGAAGGGGAAGACGACGACAGGCAGUAGCAUAACGAUAGUUCGAUGAUUAGUUUGAGCUGGAAGAGAAGUCGUCAGGAGAAGAGAAAUCGAAGUGAAUCUAAAAGAAAUAAACGAAAGUCAGUGAGACGAAUAGAAAACGUCGAUCUCUCGAUUAGGAAAAAUCAUUCCUAAAUCAAUUACACCGUUAGUUGAAGUAUGCACAAUCGAAGUCUAGGAGUCUCUAAUCACUUCGCUGAAUCAAAUCUAAAUCAAAUCUACUCGCGACACAAUCGAAUUGGUGCGGUGUUUGCGGGAAGAAAAGAAAAAAAUGAACAUACUACUCGAUCGCAAACGGGGAGAAAAUUAUAUUCAACGGAACUCCAUUGGAAAUCGAAUCUAUCUGUACUAACACAUACAUUAUCGCUACAGUUGUCAACGGAGAUCGCGAUUGCAAGUAUCACAGCAACGUGAGGCAUCUCCCCUUAGUAUACACAAGCCACAUCGAGAAGAAGGACGCACUGUGGAAAGUCUUAGAUGGUAGAAGAGGAUAGGGUUACAGUACAUUUAUAUAUAUACAUUGAGAUAAGAGUGUAUAUAUAUAGCAUGUAUAUAGUAUACAGACAGAUGUAGAGCUACAUAGAUAUACGGAUCGCUAGAGGUAUAAGUAGAACAUGAUAUAUGGAAUACGAAAUUAUAGAGUGCCACUAGACUUAAUUAUGCAGCUAUGGUUGUCGACAAUACAAAACGUUAGUACGGUAAUGGUCAAGCUCGCCAGAGAUAAACGCGACGUCCACCCCGACAAUUCUACCUCCCUCGAUUCGUUUGCUCCGCGAAUGAAAUGCGAGUCUCAUCGAUAUAUUUCAUUCACACCAUUUUCACCUGAAGACGGCAAUGAAUUUUUCGUUGUUCCUUUUGGAGCAGCGAGAUUUAAAAACUGCUCCGACUACCGAUUGCUGAUUAAUUAGGAUCCUAAGAGCGUUUUUCUAGCGACUUCGACAUCGAGAUAAGAUUAACGAUCGGUUCUCGAUUCGACAUGUCCGAUUUCGGUUGGAAUCCAAUUGCGAGGGAUGCGAAUGGACCUCGAGAGUGAUCUCUGGCGUAAUCGGAAGUGUGUGUGUAUAUAGAUAUAGAUAUAUAUAUAUAUAUAUAUAUUUGUAUAUAUAUAUAUAUAUAUAUAUAUACCUGAUAGGCAAAUGUUCGUGCUACUGGAGCAAAAUAAUCGCACGGCUUCCGAUCGCGCUCGCAAUCUCGACGCACGCAACGACCGACGCUCGGAUCGAUCGAUCGGCGGAGACAUUACCAACGCAUAUACAAAUUUACUCUGUGGAUCGACUCGAUCCGUUCUCUCCUCUUUCUUUCUCUCUUUAACACCACAUAAACGCCUCUCUUUCGUUUCCCUAUUCAUUUUCUUUUCUAUCUCUUUCUAUCUUUCCUCCUUCGUCAUUUUACCUCGCGCACUCUUCCUCGAAUUCUAAAAAGGUAAUGACGUUGAUCCCAUAGAAUACGUGUUUUAAACAUCUAGGCACAAUUCCUAAUGAUUGUUUUGGGCGAGCUUGUGCGCAAGAAAAUCCUCCUCCUUUACUUCCGAACGGCGGAACUUCGUUUCUCGAUCUUUGGACGCGCCAAGGUGCUCUUCUCCGUUCUAAGACAAUGUCUAUACCGAUUUUUUUUUUUGUUAACGGAAACGUAUAAUGACAGAUAAUUUUCUAACAAACACAUUAUCGUAUAUGUGAAAAAUACGAAUCAUUAAUCUUUCUCAUUUCUUUUCUAAUUCAAAUUUUAUACAUACUAUUUGACAUUAGGUAUUUUGAUUUCAGUUUCAUUUUGAACAUAUUAUUUACUCAAACGAUUGUAAAAGUAAUUAUGCACUUUCCUCGCAUCAUUCUGACAACGAAGAUUCUUCGGACGCGUCGAAAGAUACGAAACACCAAGUUUCGAUCACCCUUUCUUCCUGUGUAGAUCGUUGGUUAAUGAUCGUCGCGUGUGUGAAUCGCGAUUGUCGCGCACCACGUCGUUUGAUCCACAUCAACGCGACGUUCGGGCAGAACAAUGAGGUGAAAUUAAAAAAAACUAGAAGAACAUGAAACAGAGAGCGGGGACAUGAGCGGGGAGGAAGUGUGAGGAUCGCGCGUACAAGGAACGAUACAAAGUUGCCGCGUGCACAUUACGAAUAAGAAAGGAAACAAUAUCGAUCGCACUUGGAAUUAAAUCGACUCGAAGUUCUUCUAGUCACCCUUAUGAAUCGCGCGACAUGGGAAAAGGGCACGGAGGUUAGGGCAGGGAGCGAAAGAUGGUAGCUGGAGACACAGAAAGAACACAAAAAACGGGUAGGUUUAUUUUUUUUCUUCUUUCAAUCGUUUUCUUGACAAAUCGAAUUAAUAUACGUACGUACGUGUACUUUCGUCCCGCUCGCUCGCGAAGUCUUUUUAUUCUCGCUUCGACAUUCGGUGAUAUUGAGGGAUGAUCUGAGAGGGAAUGAAAAAAAAAA